CCUGAUAAAUGUGGAGUUUCAUGGUCUCCCCAGACAAUCAUCAAUGGCCAGGAACCUGACAGACACACACUAUUGCUCCCACCCACACACAUUUUGCAGAAGUCAAAAGUUCCUUUUUCAAUUUACAGUCAAACAGCGGGCCUUGUUUAUUUCACUUUAUUACAAAGAGCUGAAGGCCUGCGAGUGUAGCUCAGGUUUAAAAGUGUACGCUGUACAGUAGGAGAGAGGGAGAGACAUUUUUUGGGUUUUCGUUGACUGAGAGGAAAUUUUGAAACAUUGUGCAAUGGUGCGGCAAAAGUUUUGAAAGAUUGUGAGAGCAUUUUAAAAAAAGCAUCUGAGACGGUCCGUUGGAGAAGAGGUCUCCAUGUUGCAUCCAUACAGAAUGGAGAGCUACCUCAUCCCACCUCAUUCAGAAGAAAUGUACGAUCCUGAGAUCUACAGACAUCAGAUUGCAGAAUAUUACAAUCCAUAUGUCCUAGAUCCAGAUAUCCAGGCAGAUCACUGGGAUUACCACACUCACCCUCACGUACACCCUGUAGAGUUUGAGAACCUCCAAGAGGCAAACUUCACGGAGCUGCAGAGCGUGCAAACUCUGCACGCGCCCAGCCUGUUGCGACAGGACGCCAUACGGUACGAGGCAGAACACCUGCUGGAUCCAAAUCUUGGGGCCCAUUCUCACGUGUUGCAGCAGCCGGUGGCGUUCUUCCCUCGGGCAGUGUACCAACCGCAUGUGUCCCAGCGCAGCUCUGAUGAUGAGGAGCACGGAGCGCGGAGUCCCCCGCUGGAGGUGUCCGACGAGGAGUGUCAGAGAGAUCGAGUCUCUUAUAUGACUCCAGGAGAGCUGGGCAAUAAAAAGAAGAUCCGAUUGUAUCAGUUCCUGUUGGACCUUUUAAGGAACGGCGACAUGAAAGACAGUAUCUGGUGGGUGGACAGCGACAAGGGGACAUUCCAGUUUUCUUCCAAACACAAGGAGGCUCUCGCACACCGCUGGGGAAUCCAGAAGGGAAACCGCAAAAAAAUGACCUAUCAGAAGAUGGCUCGUGCCUUACGCAACUAUGGCAAGACUGGAGAGGUAAAAAAAAUAAAGAAGAAGCUGACGUACCAGUUCAGUGAUGAGGUGCUGGGGAAGAGUCAUCACGAGAGAAAAUACAUGUAGGCAGGAAUGUCAAGAUUUCCGCAUGUAAAGACGCUUAAUAAAACGUAAAGCUCUGGAAAUUUUGUUUUAGGAAUGGCCCCUGUACUGCUGUACAGUGUGGACAAUACUUGAUAGUGAGUGCAGUCAAAGGGCAAAGAGUGGGACCCUGAAAUAUCCCAGUGGACCCGGGCCUUCUUUCUGCUGUGUUUGACUGUCUGUGUGUUGGACAGGCUUCAGUUCUCUUGUGGGUAAUACUCUGUGUACUACUCUGUGUAUAUAUAAUUGCAAGUUCAUAUUUAAAACAACAUGACAGAAGAAAGUCAUGAAUGACAUAAACUAACCUUAAUGUCAAUGAGGAUGUUACUGUGGUGUACUUACAUGAAAUGCGUUUUGUACAGAAAACUCUGUAUUGUCUAAUGAGGAAUUGCUUGUAAAAAAUAAAUUCUUCACAAACA